GGGUUUAGGGUUUUUCAUUUUCGUAUAGCAGUAUUCCUGAUUGGUCACUAGAAAUGGCUACCAGAGCUGGAAUCUUGAGACGAUUGUUGUCCACUGGUUCGAUUUUCUCUUCAGAGCCCGGUUCUAUGGCUGUCACUGCCGCCGCAACAUCUAGUACUGAACGGGCUGAUGCUGCUGCUAAAAACCCGCCUUCAACGACCCUCUUUGUAUCCGGGCUUAAUAAAAGAACCACCUCAGAGAAACUUAAUGAAGCAUUCUCUAAAUUUGGUGAAGUUGUUCAUGCCAGGGUGGUGACAGAUCGUGUUUCUGGAUACUCAAAAUGCUUUGGAUUUGUGAGAUAUGCCACUUUAGAUGAUGCAGCUAAAGGAAUCAAAGGAAUGGAUGCACAGUUUCUUGAUGGAUGGGUAAUAUUUGCUGAAUAUGCACGACCAAAGGUCACACCAGGGCAGUCAGCAUCUUCAGAAACUUAUCCACCUAAAAGCUAAGGAUAAGUAAAACCUAUUAGAUAACAUGAGUCAUACCAGUAUGCCAAAAUUGAGUUGGACUUGUUGGUGUCUGGCAUAUGAACUUCAAAGUUUCAAAUGUUCUUAACCUGCUGCCAAUGUCUCUAUUUUGAAGGACUACUUCCAUUGUUUGAUCCCUGCAUCUGCUUGCCUUUGUAUCUGCCCAAUUCAUGAGCAACCUGAUAUCCCUAUGAACCAUGUUUUGUGGUGGGAAAACCCCUUUUCUUUUUUUGGUUCUUAUUUUAUGUUGUUACCAUAAAUGUCUCACAUUCCA